CUUCUUCCUGCCCACUAUUCUACUGUAUUUUCUAUAAUGCGGAAUCUGUCCCUUGUCGCGUCGACAUCUUGUACAUUGACAUUGGAAUCAGCAAGCAUUUCGUGCACGACCAUCGAUCUUGACCGAAAUAUCACAUAUAUAGCGACUGAACGCUGUAAUGCAGAUGCAGAUGUUGAGGUGACGAUAUGGAAGACGAUAUCGGACGAAAAGGCCACUUGUUUUUAUAAAUUGAAUACCACUGCGUUGUCAGAUUAUACAUCACAACUUCAAGUUGUUUCCUUUCGAGUACUUCUGGACAGUCAACAGCUUGUCGUAGUUCUUCGCAGUGGGGAUAUCGCAACCGUACCCAUAGAAGAUAAUGAAUCGCAGAUAGACGAUGUUGUUGGUACAGUUGAUGGAGGAAUUUUCGCCGCGUCAUGGAGCCCAGAUGAUUCUUCUCUUGUGCUUGUCACCGGGGACAACAAAUUAAUAUUGAUGACUUCAACAUUUGAUGUUCUGUCUGAAACAUCCUUGCAUCCCGCUGAUUUUGGCGAAGAUGCUCCAAUCAACGUCGGCUGGGGUUCUAAACAGACACAGUUUCACGGCUCGGCGGGCAAAGGUGCCGCUCAGGCGCCUUCCAAUGUAAAUAUCGGCAUCAGCCCCGACGACGACACUCUCCCUCGCAUCAGCUGGCGCGGUGAUGGUGCCUUCUUCUCUGUGUCUUCUCUGUCUGCGGAUCAAACUAAACGUCGCGUACUCCGCGUGUAUGACCGUCAAGCAGCAUUGCAAACCACCUCCGAGCCUGUCGCUGGCCUUGAACAUACGCUUUCGUGGAGACCAUCUGGGAAUCUGAUCGCGGCGACACAGCGAUUCGGGUUUGAAGGCGGUGGAAUUGGUAAAGCCGGACGUCACGAUGUUGUCUUCUUUGAGCGCAACGGCCUCCGCCACGGAGAGUUUGGUAUUAGAGUCGGUGAUCCGAGUGUAAACGAUACGUCUAAAUCAGAAGACUUAAUGUGGGGCUAUAAGGUUAGGGAGCUCAGAUGGAGCUCGGAUUCAAAUAUACUGGCGCUAUGGAUUACGAGGAAGGAGGGAGACAUCGUACAGCUCUGGACGGUAGGAAAUUAUCAUUGGUAUCUCAAACAGGACAUUGUAGCGCCUUCAAAUGCUUCACGGCCUGGCUGUUUCACAUCAGUGGAAUGGCAUCCUGAGAGUGCGCUCACAUUAAUCUUAACGACAAAAUCCCAGGUCAUCCGACGGACCUAUGCUUGGAUUACGUCUUCUUCUCCAACAGUUCCUCCUCUGGAUACAGGUUCCGUUGCAGUGAUUGAUGGAUCCAACGUCUUGCUAACGCCAUUCAGGACACAAAAUGUCCCUCCGCCGAUGUCCUCAUGUCAACUUGCCGUGCUGCCUGAACUUUCCCAGGUACCCCGCAUUCCUAUCCAUACAGGUUUCGCCCACGGAUCAGACACGUUAGCUGUUCUCUGGGAGACGGGAUAUGUGGAAGUUUGGGAUCUCUCAACAAGACUGACGCCUGGAAGAGGGAAGAUCAUGGACCCGAAGAGGGUUGCGUGCCGGACCUCCCCCAGUGCAGAACCUGGAUCGUAUAGACAGAUUGUACUACGGAGCGAUGGCGUCCUUCUUCUCCUUGGGUCUGAUAACGGUGAUGGGUCGGAUAUCAUCACAACCAUUGAGAUCGAGGGAGGGGCAGAACAAUCUAUGUUGAUGCCAUCCCGAAAUGGCCGUCUACUGCCUGUGGACCAAGGAGUUAUAUGGCAGUCAUCAGGGGGACAAUUGUUUAAUGUCCGGGCUGAUAGUUCAUCGUUCAUCUGCAGCUUCCCUUCGUUUUGCCUGGUCUCAGAACGCAUCGUCGUUGAUGACUCAGAAGGCGGCUUCUUGUAUCUGGGAUUAACAGAAUCUGGGAAGAUGUACAUCAGCGGGAAGGAUAACUCAAGUGCACUAAUCGCCUCAAAUGCGACGUCUUUUACACUCGCUUCUGGGUUCUUGAUAUUUACUACGGGGAACCAUGAAGCCGUUUUCGCAGAUAUUAAAUCGCUAUUCUUGUAUAUCAAAGCGGAGAAUGAGAACGACAGAGAGGCGCUCAAAGGCACUUGGAAGAAACGGCGUGUCGAGAGGGGUUCACGAAUCGUUGUUCCAGUGCCCAGUGCAAUGGGCCUCGUUCUGCAGAUGCCUAGAGGAAACUUAGAGACAAUAAAUCCGCGACCCUUGGUCAUGGAGGUAAUUAAGCAGGAUUUGAAUAACCAAAAGUAUCGCAAGGCGUUCAUGGCUUGUAGGAAGCAUAGGAUCGAUCUUAGCGUCAUCGUACAACAUGACCAGAAGAAGUUUUUGGAUAACGUUGCCACGUUUGUUGAGGAUGUGAAAGAAGUUGAUCAUAUUAAUCUCUUUCUGACAAAUAUUGGCCGUUCUUCCCAACCUCCGGAAGCUAUCGCCAGAAUAUGUGAUAUCGUACGGGACGAGUUGGAGAAGAGAAAUCUGACUGGAUAUGUCAAUUCCAUAUUGACUGCUCACGUUGUGAAGACCCCUCCGGACCAUGAAUCAGGGCUGGGGUUGCUACUGCGCUUGCGGGAUGCGAACCCGGAGUUGGUAGAAGAUGCAGUCAAGUACAUCAUCUUCCUAGUGGAUGCCGAUAAGCUGUUUGAUACCGCUUUGGGAAUGUAUGAUUUCUCAUUGGUGUUGAUGAUUGCACAACACUCCCAGAAGGACCCCAGGGAGUACCUUCCUUUCCUCCGCGAGCUGCGCGCGCUGGGGAGAUAUAUGCAAAAGUUCCGGAUCGAUGAUCACCUGAAGAGAUACGAGAGUGCUUUAAGGAAUCUAGGCCUCGCUGGAGAUGAUCACUUUGAUGAAGCAGUAGCUUAUAUCGAGCUACAUCAACUGUAUGAGACUGCACUGUCGAUAUGGAAGGGGACAGAGCGGCACAACACUGUUUUGUCUGUGUAUGGUGAUUGGUUGUUUGAAAGAAGAGAGUUUAGACAGGCUGCGUCAGUAUUUGUAGAAUCUGGGGCGCUUUCUAAGGCGUUGGUGGCGUACGAAAAGGUGUUGGAGUGGCAAUGUCUUUUUGACCUGGCUGUUCGGACAGAAAUGCCUGAAGAGGACCUUGUUGCGAUGGGAUAUCGUGUUGGCGAGGAUUUGACAUCGAAGAAACGUUACCUGGAAGCUGCACGUGUAAUUCUCGACUACGCUAAAGACACUCGAGAGACGGUGAUUACACUUGUUCAAGGCAAUGAAUUUGCUGAAGCCCGCCGAAUUAUGACGCUUCACCAUAGGCCUGACCUCUUGGCUGAUGUCAUCUAUCCCGGUGCUCUAGAAAGCCGAUACCAAAUCAAGGAGGACGUGAACGAAAUGCGGGAACAACUGCGUAAGCAGUUCUCUAGACUACAGGAGCUGCGCAUCAAGAAGGUGGAAGCACCAGAUGCAUUCUUUGGCGUUGAAGACACGGCCUUACAUAAUGUGGAUGUGAUGACUGACGUAUCGAUGCCCUAUACCGCCUUCACCCGGUAUACGGCAGCUCCGUCAGCCACAUCCCGGUCAUCCAAGCAAAGUUCCCGGUCCAAGAGGAAGCAAGAGAGGAAGGUGGGGUCGGGUAGGAAGGGGACAGUGGAUGAGGAAGAGUAUCUUUUCAAGUCUGUGGCUAAGCUCGUUGUAAAGUUUACCAGCACCCGAGAUGAAGCCCGAAGCCUUAUUCCGCACCUUUUCGAGUUCACACCCGACCAUCGUGAAGAGGGUUCCAAUCUUCAGAAGGAGAUCGAUGCGUUCGAGCGGGAGCUUCAAGAGACAGUAGAGGACAUCUGGAAGAAGCCCGCAGAGGGGGGUGAAUCGGCGACAGAUUCUUGGGCUACGCGAAUGGAGCAAGUCGAGAAAGCAAAAUGGCUGAACCCUGUUGAUUCCGUACCCAAGCCUGAGUUGGGACGUAAUGCAGACUGGCGGCUGAGGCUUUUGGACUUGGACUUGGGGGCGUAAAUUGAUGACCUAGUGUCGCAUCAAUUAUCUUUGGAUCAGCGGUGGGAGACUUAGUCCAUUCCGAGUGGACUACGUCAUUUGUUGGCUUGUUUCUGCGUUAUAUGGUGGUCAGAAUGCUGCUGUCGCGGAAGAGGCAUUGACUGCUUCCGAACGGGGACCUCGUCCACAAUAGAUUAAAAAUACGCCACAGGGAAUCAAGGGAUGUGUUCUGUAAUUUUGUAAUCCUAUCCAAUCUGGAGACUGGGUUGUUCUAAUUCUAAUCUAAUACUCCUCCGUCCCCUCCAU